UGGACCCAAAGACCCUUAUCCUGUUGUUGGGUUUGGUCGUCUGGGUCACAGGGCAUGAAUAUCACUCAUCCACAGCUCAAAUGGACGUUCUGAAAAAGAAGGAGGACGAGCUGUUGGACACCUUCAGUGCUUACAUCAAAGCAGAGGAGAAGCAUCUGGCUACACUCAGAGGUUCCAGGGUUCUUUUAGCUCUUUACCUCCACCAGAUAGGAGAUGGGGAGGGAAGCGAGCCGCUGACAGCGUACCAGCUGAUGCAGAGACUGAGAGUGGAAUGGGCUACUAUAAUGAAAUUCACCAAAAAGAGCCUUUUUCAGAACUAUCAAGACCUGAUGGAAGAGGAGUUCCACGAGCUCCCUACCGAGGACGAUGUAGACGGAGCUGCUCUGGGCAUCAUUAGACUACAGGAGAUGUACAAACUCUACCCAGAGAACAUCACCACCAACCCCCUAACAGGGAUAUCCUUCGAUUUAAAGUGGGAACGCAGCUUCAAACUGGGGAAAGUGGCGUACUCUCACGAGAGCUACCAGCACGCCUUCCUGUGGUUCUUUAAGUCUCUGCAAAAGUUGGGGGCAACUAAGGAGGAAAAUUCAGACACUUACAAGAAGUUGUUGUUGGAAUAUCUCAGCUCAUCUGCCUACGAAUUCGGACAUGUGCCUCUUGCAGUCUACUUCUCUAAACAGCGUGUUAAUAUUGAUCCCGGUGACCUGCAGGCUAGACUUGAUCUGACCGUUUACAAAGGCAAACUUUCCCAACACACCAAAACUCCUGACAUUUUCACGCUCAGUGAAACCUCCACCAGCACCUACGAGGCUCUCUGCAGGGGGGAGGAGCUCAAUAUGAAGUCCAGAAGAAGGAGACAGCUAAGCUGUAGAUACAGCACAGGUGGAGGGAAUCCUAGACUCAUGUACGCUCCAGUGAAGGAGGAAGAGGUGUGGGACGACCCUCCAAUCAUGACAUACCAUGACGUUUUCUCAGAAGCAGAGAUCGAGCAACUGAAGAACCUCUCCAGGCCUUGGCUUGAAAGGUCUAAAGUUUCUACUGAAGAUGGAUAUGGAGGAAUUUCAUAUAAUCGCGUGUCACAAACUGUUUGGCUGAAAGACGAAGAUGCCCCUGUUGUUUCCAGCGUGAGUCAGAGGCUGUCUGAUAUAACAGGUCUGGGUAUGGAGUCAGCAGAGCCACUGCAGGUCUUGAAUUAUGGCGUUGGUGGACACUUUUCACCACAUUAUGAUACUUUGGAGCGCUCCAGCGACAGCCUUGAUGGCGACCGAAUGGCAACCAUUAUGAUCUAUCUGAGUGAUGUCAGCUAUGGAGGAUCCACUGUGUUUCCUGAGAUAGGAGCUUCAGUAAAGCCGCAGAAGGGAUCUGUGGUGAUGUGGUAUAAUCUCCUGCGAAAUGGACAAGGAGACUGGAGAAGCCUGCAUGGUGGAUGCCCAGUCUAUCAAGGAAGCAAAUGGGUUGCUGUUAAAUGGGUUCACGAGCGAGGCCAGGAGUUCAGGAGACAAUGUUCUCUGUCUGAGACAGAGUGAUGAUUCUUUAUCUCCAUCUCUGGGAUCCUUACGGAUGUGCCUACAAAUCUGUCUACCAGUGGAAGAACAUUCUGCAGUCGUACUGUAGAUAAUAAAUCUGUAUUUUUGAUGUAUUUCAUAAAUUAGCACAUGAAGGACUUGUUAACUAUAUUUCUAUUGUCAUUGUAAACUGUUGUGCAAUAUAACAUAAAGCUGAAUGAACCUGCUUUAAAUUGUCAUAUAAUAAAUCAUGUCAGAAUAUUUUGAA